CCCUUGAAUAAAACCCCUUCUCUUCCACGCUUACACCUGGAACCUUAGAAUCGCUCUGGAGGCGCCGUUGCAGCGAAUUGCACCGAGAAUCUCAGACCGCCUCUCCCCUCAGUGAGAAACGAUGUCGGUUUCAGAGCUCGCUUGCAGUUAUGCUGUUUUGAUCCUCCAAGACGAUGUUUUCAUGGUUGAUGAUCGUGGUCGUGGUUGGCGUAGACAGGUUCUAAAUGAGGAAGUCCCUUACCAUGAACGCAGUGUACAAAACGUGAUGAUUGAAGACUUGUAGCGGCAGGUUGCGGAGUUAACCCAACGUCUAGCGAUGCAAAACAUGGAGAUGAAUUGCAAUAUUAACGGUUGCAAUUCAGAAUCUAAUUUCGAGAACUCGUAUUACAACCCCGUUCUUUUUCGGGAACAAUGUGAUCAGGAUAAGUAGUAUGGAGACUUAGGCUUUAGAGUUGAGCUUCUAGAAUUUUCUGGUACUAUCAUUGCCUUUACUAUUGUUUAGCAAGUCUCAAGCCCAUCUACCAAAUCCAUCUUAUGUGGAGGAGGAGGACAAAUUUAUUAAGGAAGAUUUUUCUUUAGAUUGGGUCUCUCCAUCAAUCUAUGACUUCUAUCCUGACGAAGAUAAUUUAUUGAAGGAGAUGGAAGCAGUGAUGUAUUCUUUGCCUUUGGGUCUUUGCGGGACGAAGGGAAGCGGUGAAACCAUAUAUGCGCACUCAAAGUCAAGCUCUCUGUGCAGGAUAUUCCAUCUCUUUCUCCUUCAAAGAAGUAUGUGCGAAUGUUGAGACACCAUGACUGUGAGAUGGCCGAGGCUUUUGACACCCACACAACUUUCUCAGAUUAUACGGAACCAGAAAAACCCCUUAAUAGCGCUCCAAAUCUUCAAGGAAGCCAAACGCAAGUACCCCAAAUACUGUCACAAUGGUCCAGUCUAUGCCACCAUGAUUGGCAUCCUCGGAAACACAGGCAAUAUCAGUGAGAUGAAAGAGGUGAUUGAUCAAAUGAAAGGAGACUCGUGUGAAUGCAAGGAUUCAGUCUUUGUUAAUGCAAUCAAAACCUUUGCGAAAGUUGGAUUGCUAGAUGAAGCGGUUUCUCUUUUUAAAAGCAUUCCUCAGUUCAACUGUGUGAAUAAGACGAAUUCUUUCAACACCCUUCUGCAGAUAAUGGUGCAUGAAACUAAGCUUGAAGCUGCUCAUCGCUUGUUCUUAGAGAGCUCUUAUGGGUGGGAAGUGAAGUCUCGGAUUCAGUCCUUGAACUUGCUCAUGGAUGCUCUAUGCCGGAAGAGUCGUUCUGAUCUUGCAUUGCAUAUUUUCCUAGAGAUGAAUAAUCAAGGUUGCUGUCCUAAUAGGGAAAGCCAUCGAAUUUUAAUGGAAGGGUUGUGUCAAGAUGGGAGGCUGAAUGAAGCUACUCAUUUGUUGUAUUCAAUGUUUUGGAGGAUCUCUCAGAAAGGUAGCGGUGAGGAUAUUGUAAUCUACAGAACCUUGUUAGAUGCUUUAUGUGAAGAUGGGCAAGUUGAAAGGGCUGUGGAAAUUCUCAGCAAGAUUUUAAGGAAGGGGCUGAAGGCUCCUAGCCGGUUUUGUCACCAUCUUGAUCUCAAUCGGUGUAGUACUGUUGAAGCUAUGGAAGGCACCAAACGAUUGAUUAAUGAGGCUUUGGUCAGAGGUGGGAUUCCCAGUUUGGCUAGUUAUAAUGCUAUGGCUAUUGAUCUUUACAAUGAAGGUAAGAUCGAUGAGGCCAAUAAAAUGCUUGCUGAAAUGCGUGAAAGAGGCUUUAGGCCAUCAUACUUGAUUUAUGAAGCCAAAGUAGGAGCAUUAUGUAGGGGAGGGAAUGCUGAUGAAGCAGUGAAGGUAAUUGAAGAGCAAAUGGUCAAGGAUAAUUGUGUACCUAAUGCUAAAGUUUAUAACAUUGCCCUAAGAGGGCUUUGUAAUGAAAGGAAAUCAGCCCAUGCUGUUGGGUAUUUGAAGAAUAUGGCUCACCAGGUUGGUUGCAUUGCAGACAAGGAAACCUAUGGCAUUUUAGUUGAUGGGCUAUGCCGUGAAAGAAGAUAUCUUGAAGCAAGUAAAGUUUUGGAGGAGAUGUUAAUUAAAUCAUAUUGGCCUUGUGUUGACACUUACAAUAUACUUAUCAGAGGUCUUUGCUCUGUGGGCAGGCAAUACGAAGCUGGUAUGUGGUUGGAGGAGAUGAUUAGCCAGGGUAUGCAGCCAGAACUUUGUGUAUGGAACUCGUUGGUAGCAUCUAUUUGCUCCAACAUGGCUGACAUUGAUCUGUACUUUGAGAGAUUGAAUUAGCUUUAUCACUUCUUGGUUGUUCAUGUUCUAAUAGUUAUCACAGUGGAAACAUUUGUACUCAUAUUCUUCUUUUUCAA